AUGCCAAUCCGCGAUGGCGCGGGGUCAUUCAAAUGCGACUCAGAAGUGCCGGUUCUGACGGUGAUGUGUCUCGGCUAUCUAAUCUGGACAGCGGCGUACAAUGUCUUUCUCCACCCCCUGCGCUCAUACCCAGGGCCGACACUCUGGGCUAUGUCGCGCAUUCCCUACACCCGCGGCUUCCUGAGCGGCGACAUGCACCAUCGCAUCCUCGAGCUUCACAAGACGUACGGUCCUGUCGUACGGGUGGCCCCGGACUUCUUGUCCUACAGCCACCCGGAUGCCCUAAAGGAGAUCCGGGGUCACCGUAAAGGGGGCAGGGUCGAGCACCCCAAGGAUCCGGUUCAUGUUGGCGCCAACGUCGACUCGGUCUUCGGCGCGGAUCGUGACAACCACACCCGGAUGCGGCGGGCGAUGGCUCACGGCUUUUCCGCCCAAGCGAUCGCUGAGCAGCAGCCCAUCAUUCAGAAGUAUGUCGACCUCAUGAUCCGGCGGCUGCAUGAAGAGUGCGCCGGCGGAACGCGGUCGGUGGACGUGGUGAAGUGGUUCAACUUCGCCACGUUCGAUAUCAUCGGCGAUCUGGCUUUUGGCGAGCCCUUUAGCUGCCUGGAAGGCUCGACGUACCACCCUUGGGUUGCCAUGAUCUUCUCCAGCGUCAAGGACCUUGCUUGGUCCAUCAACUUGAACCGGUAUCCGGCCAUCGCACCGCUACUGAAGAGACUUCUGGUGCCGAAGGAGGUCAUGUCCAAGUUUGCCCAACAUCGAGCACUGUCGGAGGAAAGGGUGCGGAACAGACUUGCCAUAGACACCGAUCGUCCGGACUUCCUCGACGCAAUGACAAAGCGGCGAGGUGAUGCGAAGGAAUUGACCUUCCAGGAACUGGUAGGCAAUGCGUCCCUCCUCAUCACAGCCGGGUCGGAGACGACGGCCACGGCGCUGUCGGCGGCAACGUACUACUUGGGCAUGAACCCUCGUGCAUUGGCCCGUCUGACCGCCGAGGUCAGGUCCACGUUUGCACGGGAGGACGAGAUCGACCUCCUCAGCGUCCAGAAUCUGACGUAUAUGCUGGCCGUGCUGGACGAGGCGCUGCGCAUGUAUCCGCCCGCGCCCGGCGGACAGCCGCGGAAGAUCCACAAAGACGGCGAUGUGAUUCUGGGCCGGUUUGUGCCUGGCGGUACCGUUGUCGAAAACUGGCAGUGGCCCAUGUGCCAUAACCCGGCCUGGUUCACACGGCCUGAUGACUUCGUCCCCGAGCGCUGGCUUGGCGAUCCGCGCUUCGCGGGCGAUACGAAGGAGGCGCGUCAGCCCUUCUCCUACGGGCCGCGGAAUUGUAUCGGGAAGAACCUCGCAUACGCCGAGAUGCGCCUGAUCCUCGCCAGGGUCGUAUGGGCUUUCGACAUCAAGCUGGCCGAGGAUGCCAAGGGGUGGGACGAGAGAAGCAAGAUGUAUCUUUUAUGGGAAAAGGGCCCUGUGAAUGUGUUCUUGACGCCGCGGGAAUCUGAGAGUGUCUGA